GCAAGUUCAAGAAGCAGCACAAGUCUCAUCCAAAACAACAAGUACUCAGACCCUCAAAAACCAAAAAGAAACCUAGCUGUCGUCUCUCUCUUCUUUGCCUCAAAGCCAUGGCCUCUGACAAGAGUUUCUCCAGCAGCCACAUGCUGUUGAACCCAGAGAAAGCCGGUGUCCUUGAUCUCUUUCGCAUUUUGAUCCACAGUGAUGUGCACAAGAGAGAAUUCGUGGACUCCUCCGAGGAAGGAAAUGAGAGCUUCGAGCGGAGGCAGAUCAUGUUUGUAUCCACUCUCGCGCAGAAGCUUCUGCUUCUCGUGGCCAAACCAAUGGCUUGGAGCGGGUCGGCGAUUGAGUUUUGGUUGAACCUCGUGUCAAGCAAUCGGAGCUUCGGAAGGCUUCUUGUUAACUGCUUUCGAGGGAGGGUGGUGAUGCCGCACAAAGAAUCGGGGAGCUUCCUGUCCUUCAUCGGCAACUUGGACAAGAGAGUGGAAUUGGACAACCGCAUCAGGCCUGGUGACGCCGAGUACCAUGCGGCUCUCUCGAUGAUGGCUUCGAAAGCAUCCUAUGAGAACGAGGCCUACCUGAGAACGACGGUCACCCACCACUGGCAGAUGGAAUUUUUGGGGUUCUACAACUUUUGGAAUGAUUAUCAAGGGAAAGCAUCCACACAAGCCUUCAUGCUUCGUGACCGUGACACCAUCGUCGUCGCCUUCCGAGGCACGGAAUUUUUUGAUGCGGAUGCGUGGUGCUCGGACAUCGACCUCUCAUGGUACGAGUUACCAGGCGUCGGAAAAAUACACGGUGGGUUCAUGAAAGCCCUAGGGCUUCAAAAGACCCUGGGUUGGCCGAAAGAGCUCGACCCGCAUCUAAAAACGCCCGCGCCGUUGGCUUACUAUGCCAUAAGGGAGAAGCUAAGGGCACUGCUCGGUGAGAAUGACAAAGCGAAGUACGUGGUGACGGGCCACAGCUUGGGAGGCGCGUUGGCAAUCCUCUUCCCGGUGAUCCUGGCCAUGCACGGGGAGAAGUGGCUGAUGGAGAGAUUGGAGGGGGUCUACACGUUUGGUCAACCAAGGGUUGGAGAUGAGAAGUUUGGGGAGUUCAUGGGGAUGGUCUUGAAGGAACAUCAGAUUGAGUACUUUAGAUUCGUCUAUGGGAAUGACAUUGUGCCUAGGUUGCCUUACGAUGAUUCAGCUUUCAUGUUCAAGCAUUUUGGGAGAUGUUGCUACUUCAAUAGCAAAUAUCAAGGAAAGAUUGUUCGUGAAGAACCGAAUGAGAACUACUUCUCGCCUCGACAAGCGAUACCAAUGAUGAUGAAUGCGUGGUAUGAGCUCCUGAGAAGUUUCAUGAUUGCUCAUGAGAAAGGACCAGACUAUAGAGAAGGAUCAUUGUUGAGGAUUUUAAGAGUGAUUGGCCUACUAAUUCCAGGCAUACCUGCUCAUGCUCCUCAAGACUAUGUAAACAGUACGAGGUUAGGAGCGUCGCAAUUGUUCCUACACCAACAAUGACUAUGAAUUGUAAUGACAUAUACAAUGUAAUUUUGUCUCUUAAGAUUGGAUUACCAAGAUCAAGCGGUUGUAUUGUGAGAAAAGAAAGAAAUUAAAACACAAGUGUGGUUGAUUUCAUUA